CCGCGACGCGUCUGCUUCAUCAGCGGCUCAUACAAUAACAGCUAACGACUGCCUUACUAUAUGCACGUUGCACUGGCAGCGUGAUGCCAUCGGUCGCCGAAGAGCGGCCCACGCUGCAGGAGACGCUAAACUUACUGCAUCAAGCAUCUAGAACAACAGCAAAGCAACGGACCGUCAAGGUCUCCAGCAUAGUCGAUGUCAUCUGCCGUUACGCCUCGGAGGAUGGCCUUGGCCAGGAUGCUCUGCGAGACAUAGUACAGCUCGCAUCGGUGAAGACCUUGCUAGACCAAACCACCAUUACGACCUUGAUCAAGAACUUGUAUCCUUCUCAAAGGGUUCCAGGCGAUGUGGUCAUAACUAUCGUUGGUGCGCUUGGGCAGGGCAAGGGCAAACCUUCUCCUGGUACACAAGAUAGUCUUGUAAAAUGGCUCAUCACGAUCCAUGAGGUCGUCGAAGACGCAAACGUCUUGUCCCGUCUGUACGGUGUGCUGUUUGGUAUGCUCGAUAUGAUCAGUAUCAGGACGUCUUUGUGUCAUCUGUUGUCCUUGAUCACUCGCAGGAAACAUGUCAAGCCAUUCCGGAUUCAACAAUUACUAGAGCUGUCUCGCGGUCUCGGCAAUGAGCCUGCUCUCCAAGGUCUCCUCCGUGUCUACAAGGAUUAUUACCCCGAUAUAAUUCUCGGCAGUACUUCCACAAGCCGGAAGUCGUUCGCUCCGCGGCCUGAUGCCGAAUGGCAAGCUAAGAUUGUCGCUAUCCAAGAGGCUAGUGUGGCGGAAGACGACUCGAAUGUAGACGGGCAAAACGGUUUCAAGGUGCUACGAAGAAGACUCAAAGGCAGCAAAGGAUCGGCGAUUCCGGACGUGCAUACCUACCAUGCGACCGAGAGCUCAGCAACCCUUGAGGGUAUCGAUAGUGUGGACGAUUUUGUUGAAAAGCUCGACAGAAUUGAGCCACCGGGCCAGCUGAUAGCGCUUCUCGUGGACCCGUUGCUACAGAAGUACAUCGAUCUCAAGCCAUCACCAAUCACAGCCAGUCGAUUAGGAAAUUGGCUUGCGACGUGCCUAGAGGAGCAAUUCGAGGAGCACCGGCAAGGUACUGGAAACGACCAGUACCUGUCAGAAGUUCUCGAUGGACUUUUUCGGUACGCUCAGUACACGAAGUCACUGCAUCCCACAGUACUGGCAUUUCUUCGCGAGUACCUGCCGAUAUGGGACGGACAGCGAGAUCUUGCUACGCUAUCAGGUCUCGUGUCCUACAUUCCGGUCGAAGCGUUUGAGGAUGCUUAUACUACCUAUUUCUUGCCGAUCGAACGCGCUCUAGCAUUUCAUGGCAUCACUGCGUAUACGCAUCUCGUCGACUUCUACACAGCUUUACUGCAGCACCAGAUAACCGAGACAGCAUCUGGACCUGCCGAACAAAGAGAGAUGAGACAAGAAGUCUUAAGCGACCUAAUCGAGCAUGUGGCCACCUUGUUCACUUCCGCUCUCGUAUCGAUCCCCCCAGGUUUCAACACCACCCUUACAUCAUCCAUCCUCUCGUUGUACGAACUCCUCAGCACAUCAUCGAAGCCACACAUCAUCCCCAUCCAUCUCCCGCCGAUGCAUCUCAUCUACCUACUCUCUCAGGACGCUUCCCCAACAACACUCUCCCGCAUCUGCGGCAUUAUCGGCUCCUACAAGCUAGCAUUCGACGCGCACCCCAAGCCAGUCAAGAAUUAUUAUCCGGCUGAAGUCACGGAUGCGUUCAAUCACUGUCUUCGCGAUAUGUACAAUCUCGUAUGGGUGUCUCGUGGUCUGCUGGUCCAAGACCAGAAGUCGAAGGGGUUGUACUGCGAUCCGAUACUGAGGGGUACACUUAACGAGUACCUACGUCGUGUGGAUCGGGGAUAUACUAUUGGGGCUGCAUUUACAUUGUCGUAUAAUGCGUGGUUAGCCUCGCUGUCGGCUGCGGCAUGGCGUGUGGUUGAAAAGCAGGAGGUAGACAAAGCGGGUGAGAAGAAUAUCACACGGUAUCACGAAGGACCUGUUACGGAUAAGAGUUUGGAGGUGCUCAAGAGUAAAGGUGGUGUAAGCGUGGAUUGGGAAGGGGCGGAUGGGUACAAGGUCACGGUGCUGCAGUGGCUUACUGAGAGGGGGUUGGGUGGAAUCAGAGAUUUGAUGUUCGCCACUGUGAUAAACUUGAAGGGUACGACGUAAAGCAGGUGAUAUUAAUAGAAUUCCGGACUACUGUAAGAGUUUAUACUGUGAUCUAGUAUCA